CGUAGUCAUAGUUAGCCCAUGUUCGUUUCAUUCUCCAUCUUACCUCACGGCGCGCACUGAUCGUCGAACGCUCUCCAGGUAAUAUAGCCGACCGACCUUUGAAGGGUUAAGUUACAACACAAGAUGUGCGACGACCAGUUUUAUCGCUAUGAUGGGUGUGGCUGCGAUCGAGCUUAUGAUAUUUCCUGGUGUGCUGACGCGCGGGCUGCCAAUCAAUGUUGCCCUGCCCAUCUGCGAGGGCGAGCUCAGCAACCUGGAGAGACUAUGGCCGGCAAAUGCCCUGUCUGCGCAGGAGCAUCGCCAGCGUCAUCAACAUAGCAAUACCUUGGACUGCCGAGCUGCUGUUGGAAUCGCGAUCUAUCUCGCUCUCCGUGGGUCCCUUCGGAAGGCGAACCGCUGGCCAGGCGCCGUUUGCUGUCGAAGAUUUCUUGAAGUCAUUGUAGCGAGCUCUCGGGAGAUGAUAGGCUAUGAGAUGGUGUUUAAAUUUGUGAGGUAAAUCAGAGGCAAUUGAUGCUGUCGGUGGGGGCAAUUCUGUUAUUUAUCCCAUCGAGUGCGGAUUAACGUCAGAAACGCCAAGGGCGGGGUAGAGCCAAUA